CUCCACCAGUGCGUCGAAAAGCCAGCGUGGCUGGCAGUCUUUUGGAGCGGAGUUUGUCGUUUGCAGACUGCAACGUCCAUCAAAUUGGAGCGGCAGUUCUGGCCGAAGAUCCAUCUACCAAGUUUGAUGCUCCAUUUUGGUGCACUCUGCUAACUGGAAGCCCAGCAGACGAAUUCCGGUCAUUUCAGAACCGGACUUUGGCUUUCUGGAUUCAGGUCUAUAAUCGCUGGCAGGACUUUGGAAAUUGGAUGCCGGGCAAAGUGCCAGAAUUCCUGGAUGGAGAAGAUCUCCACAAGUUGCUGAAACUGCCGACCAACAAAGUGGUGGACAUCAUCAAGCUGUUCGACCCAGCUGGCCACAAGCGGUUGUCAACAGGAACAGAUGGCAUGAGGAAAUGCAAAGUGAGGAUCUGCGAACUGAUGACAGCAGGUGUAGUGCUCUCCAGGCUGAUUGCCACCAGGCAGAAGCUCAAAUUUGUCCUAGGCCUCUUUGAUGUUGAUGACAACCGAACUUUGGACGAGACAGAGUUUGCCGCAUUUGUGACAGCCUUUAUCUAUGGCCUCGGGGCCGCUUUUGGCCUGCGUCACAAAGAUGACAUUAUGCCAUCGAUGAAGAGCAUCCAGACGGUGGUACAGCGACUUUACAAUCGAUUGGGUGAAAUUGCGGCCAGUCGAUUGAAGGAGCUGUGCAGAGCAAGCACUCUUGACCGUACGGCCCUUGCAGAAGCAAUU